ACGAUUGUUGCGCAUCGGCAGGCAAACAGCUGUUUCUGCUGAAAUCGGAAUCGGAAAUAAAUUUGUAACUUUUUAUUUUGAAGCGAGCCAGCAAUGUCGGCGUUUGUGAAAACCGUGGCCCUGGCCCAAAAGCUGUGCGCCGCCAAUCCCGCCGUGGCUCGCCAGGCGGUCAGGAGCAUGGCUGGCUGGAACAAGGACUACAAGCCGGCGCCCUAUCCGCAGACGGAGAAGGAGCGCCUGGCGGCGGCCAAGAAGUACUACCUCCUGCCGGAGGAGUACAAACCCUACGCGGACGACGGCCUGGGCUACGGCGACUAUCCGCAGGUGGGCGGCGGCCUGGGCGUGGAGGCCAAGGACAACUACUAUCCCUGGGACUAUCCGGAGCACAAGCGCAACCAGCACGAGCCGAUCUCUGCCAAUCACGAUCUGUACAGCGAGGAUCGCUACUCGCAGGCGGAACAGCCGCGCUACAAGAACUCUUACUACUUCGUCUGCUUCCUGGGCGUCAUGUCCGGCUGCCUGGCCCUCUACUACUGGCUGGAGGACAAGAAGAUGUACCGCCCGGUGGCCGCCAAGCAAUAUCCGGGCGACGGAAGGAAGCACUACACGUUCGAGAAGUAGGAUGGCCUCGUUUUUAGUUCAUAGGCCAUCUAUCAACGCAUCUGUACAAUUAAAUUGAAAAGAAAAUAUGGAUAACUAGCCAAUGGUCCCGAAAAAUAAAGGAAACAACUUGAAAAACAAGGA